AUGGAUCUCGACGAUGAGACGGAGAUUCGUGGAUUGAAGCCCGAGACUAUCUUCGCAAAGUCGCCGGAGCUAACCGCCACCUUCUACUCUCAUCUCCCGGUGGAGGUGAAGCAAGUGCUGAAAACAGCAGACUUCCUCCGGGACGUCUACACCGGAACCGUCGACCCGUUAACCGGAUAUGCGGUAGUCUCUUCAGAGGAAACAUGUUUUGUCUGGAAGUAUGCUCAGGCUUUGACUGGCACACCGACAUGUUACAUCUUUCUCUGUCCUACAAGUGGCACGAGCGACCCCAUGGAUACUCCCUUCCAUGUUCUCGUUCCUCAUGGCCCGUCUCGCGAGCCCGGGCUGAUUAUCAUCUCUCCGAGAGGUCAAGUACGAUUUUGGGAUGGUCUCGGUAUGGGCCUGGCUGGCGGAGAUAACUUCGCGUUUUCUGUAGUCGAAAUGGAGGAUGGUGAGACAGUGACCGCCCUGACGCGUGCCGACCCGCACACAUAUCUUGUCUCUACUUCCUUCGGCAAACUCUGGCGUCUCACACUGACCGCUAGUGGCGGUGGCCACAGUCUCACCCUUCACCAGUUUGGCCGCCGUCAAACUGGCCUCUCGCUUACACGCAUGAUCCCUGGGCUUUGGUCGGCGCCCAAGCUAAUCCCUCGGCCAGGAUAUGUAAACAGCGUCGCCCUUGGAGAGGGGACAGCGGACGGCACGGGACAAGAUAUCUGGGCAAUUGUUGACUUACGAAUCCAGAGGUGGACUAUGUCUUUUGAGGGCUGGGAAGAAUUACUGCUUGAGGAAGACGUGUCCGGCAUCACCGGUACCGCCAUCAGGCAGGCAUUCCCGUCAGCUCCCCUGGACGAUGCAGAACUAAACCUCGAGCUAUUGGACAUGAAGUUGGAUGGCUCGCAUGAUCUGAUUGUCCUGAUUUCUUAUGCGGGUGAAGAGGAUCCUACUGCAAUGGAUGUGGGUAACAACCCUCGGCGCAUCUACGCCAUUGUUCGAUUGCACAGCACGUCGGAGGGAUUCGAAGUAAAGGCAGUACGGGCUGUACCAUACCAGAGUAUCUCAACCUCUGGCGCUCCCAUGCAUCCUCGAUUGCAGCGCGUCCUGAAUGGAGAAGUCUUUGCCAUCCAGUUCGGCGACGCAGUGACCAUCUGUGCAAUAGACAAGGAGUAUAUGGACAGACUUAUGCUGAAGUCUGCUACCGAUCGUACCCUAGGCGUCGGAGUAAUUGAGAGAGAGAGUGAAUUGCUGUUGCUUACUGCUGCGACCUUGAUGAAAGCCUACGUCAAUAUGGAUCGUGUGGCCCGGUUCGACCCUCAGACGGGCCGGGCCGACCUGAUCAAGUCUACGAUGACACAAGCAAUACUAUAUGGAUCCCAUCCGGAGAAUCCUCUCCACUUCAGUUUUCCGCCUGAGAUUGACGCAGAUGCUUUAAUGUCUGGAGCCGAGCAGCUUAGUCAAGCGGUACUGGAAUCAGAUGGAGAGAUUGUGCGGCCCAACCAUGACUCGCAGGCGCAGAUGGUUAGCCGCAAAGAGAGGCUACAAUUCCUCAUCCGCUUCAUCAAUGAAAAUGGUGUCUUGACAAAGAUGUCCCAGCGUAGCCGACAGAAGCUGGCCACCAACGACGAAAAGCUUUACGCCGCACGUCAGCUGUGGUCUCGCCAUGCCGACUUCAUCGGGUCGGAUCACGCUCGCACAGUAUUGUAUGAUGCCGUGUACGCCUUUAUGGUGGCCGUGGGCGAGGGCUACCAUGAGGACUUCGUCAGGGCCUUCUUCAGACUGAAAAUCCAGGACAUCGGCAGCCUGCUGCCUCAUGUCUUGGAGAUCGUCCGGCAGGCGUCGCGCGAGCACCCCAGAAGCCUACCCGACGACAUCUGGCAGGCAAAUGAGAUUGUCCUGACGAUCAUCCAGUCAGCCCUUGAUCACCGAGACCUGAAUAAGGGUGUCUACGGCCUUGAGUACCCACUCAUCGAUCCGUGGACGAGCCACCUUACGACAUGCAACAUCGUGGCGGAACUGUUUGGCACGACGGAGAAGCUCGUCGAGACACCGACUGCAGAUCCGGAUGCUGCGGAGUCGAGGAGUCGACCGAGGUCGCAGCUCCCUGAGCUAGGUUCCUUGCUCUUCACUUGCAUACAAGAACACCUUGAUUGGCUCAAAAGCCCCCUUGCGCACGACGUAAUCGCGGAGGCAGAUCAGCGACAACAGGACGUCGAGGAUAAGUUCCGACAAUUGCGGCCUGCGAUACUUGAGACACUACGGCGGAACGGAUUUGCAACCCAUGCCUUGCACCUGGCUGAGCAAUACCGGGACUUCCGGAGCCUCGCGUCCUACAACCCUAACGCGGCACGCAUCCAGUCGUAUGUGGACAAAUUCAGACAAGACUUCACGGACGAGCUCUAUCGGUGGUAUAUCGAGCACGGAGAAUUACGGACGCUGUUCGCGCAGGAGCACGAUCAAUACCUUGAUGAGUUCUUCGCCGAGCAUCCACAGCCAGACAUCUCUUGGAUCAAUGAUCUUGGACGGGCCCGCUAUGGCCCCGCAUCAGAUGCGCUGCUUCAUGUGGCAGGCCAUGCAAGCGAGCUGGAGGUCAAGCAUCUCGUGCUCAGCAUCGGCAAGCUCUCACAGCUCGCGCAACUGCACGAGGAAAACGGCGUCGUCAAUCAAGACGUCCUGGAUGCUUUCCAUGACGGCCUCGACUUCGUGAGCGUGCACGAAACACUGCUAGAGGACCUCAAGUCGGCCCUCGCGUCUCUCCGCGGUAGGCAGCCGCUGGAGACGCAAAUCGAGACAAUCACGCAAGCGAAGGUAUCGAAGCUGUUCGAUCGCGCGGCAUUACAAAAUCUCGUUCGCCAAUUGUUGCAGGGCAAAGCGUUAUCUCCGGAGGACAUGGCUGAUGUCCUCAGCCUGAAGGACAACGCGUCCAGCCCGGAGGAUUUUGCGACCGCUCUCCAGCUCUUGGCCCGCGCCCAAAACAUCCCCGACGCAAGGAGAAUAUCCGCCUUCCGGACCGUCUGGAGGCGCAUCUACAUACACGACGACUGGGAGUCCAUCCGACAAACCGCCAACAUGACCGACGCGGAGCUCAACGCGCGCUUCCGGAGCACCGCGCUCUACGUCGCGCUCCAGGCGACGCUGCUCGCGCCGCACGCGCCGCCGGGCUACGUCUCGUCGCCCGCGGACGCGCUCGCGGUGCCCGACGCCGCGGAGAUCGCGCUCCGGUGGCCGGGCAUGUCGCCCGACGAGGUGGAGGCGGUCGCGGGGGACUGUAUGAGGGAGCGGGAAUACCUGGCGGUGCUCGGCUUGGAGGGGAUGUAUCAGAGUAUGAGGGAGCUCGUUGCGGAGGAUGCGGGCGCGGUGUAA